GGACCUUUCAAUCGGAAGCGCUGUACAUUGCGUGUUUGUCGAGCCGGUAUCUUUAAUGUUCGUUCAAAACCCAGUUCAACACUUUUAAUAGCCUAUUUAAGUAGUUAAACGCGUUUGUUUGGUUUUAGGAUGAUAUAUUUGAGUGGGCUUUCUGUGGCACUGGCCCUGUCGCUAGUGCCGAGCUGCACUGAAGCUUUAAAGGAUGGAGAGUGUGAAGUCUGUGUGGGUUUCCUGGAACGGUUUUACCAGACGCUACAAGACAAUGACAUCAAGUUCGACAGUGACUCCAUCGAAAAAGCUCUUCUAAAAUCUUGCAAAGAUGCCAAAGGAAAAGAAAACCGAUUUUGUUAUUAUAUAGGGGCAACAAGUGAUGCAGCAACAAAAAUAAUCAAUGAAGUUUCCAAACCGAUGAGCUACCAUGUGCCAGUGGAAAAGAUUUGUGAAAAGCUCAAAAAGAAGGACAGCCAGAUCUGUGAACUGAAGUAUGAUAAACAGGUUGACUUGAGCUCCGUCGACCUGAAGAAGUUGAAAGUGAAAGAUCUGAAGAAGAUUUUGGAGGAAUGGGGCGAAUCCUGCAAAGGAUGCGCGGAGAAAUCGGACUUCAUCCGCAAGAUCAACGAGCUGAUGCCCAAGUACGCACCUAAUGCAGCCAAGGCAAGGACAGAUUUGUAAACUUGCAGGGAAUCAUGGGACCAAGGCAGCAGCAUUUAGGGUGGAAGAUUUGCGCUGUGCGGCUGACUGACCACCUAACAACGGGGUUUGCAUUGUGUUGUCAUUUUACCUUGUUCUCCAGGGGUAAACAUCAAGAAACCGAACGCACUUCCUUAAAUACCUUUAAUUUAUAGUUUAUCUAGACUAAGAUCCGACACAAUCCUCCUGAUGUUAUGGGAAAUAAUGUUUGACACACUUUGCCUAGUUUGAUUUACAUUUUCUAUUUUUAUUUUAUUUUUUUCUGAGUGUAGACUUUCUUAGUUGACACAUUAUAUGAAAUAUAAUGAACGGGAGUCUCCUCUUCAAAAAUGUUGUGGGUCAGUUUGAGAGGAUUUUGCUGUGAAAUGUUUAAUACUGUUAUACUGGCUUUUUCAUUAAAAGACGAAAAGAAA